AUGGUCAAGAUCGCUAUCGCAGGAGCUUCUAGCGAGCUCGCUAGAGAAAUCCUUGACAGACUCGUCGCCACUGGGAAGCAUAACAUCACUGCACUUGUCCGUAAGGACCCAUCUACAUUUCCAGAGCUCCCAGGCGUCACCUGGGCCAAAACUGAUUACGAAAACAAGUCGGAGCUUGUUGAUUUAUUCCGCGGCGUCGAAACUCGACUCAUUGACGCAGCUGUUGAGGCCGGCGUGAAGAGGUUCGCUCCGUCUGAGUGGGCAACAGGAGCCAAACUCGCAGACUCGCUAGAUGUCAUGUCAUGGUAUAGCGGAAAGAUUGAGAUCAGAGAGUACCUCAAGAACCUAAACUCUGAUAGAAAGGUUAUCGAGUAUACACUCUUCCAACCCGGUGGCUUUAUGGAUUACCUUUGCCAUCCGUACAAGACUGCAAAGUACAUCACCACCACCGUCGUCAAUGUCGAUCUUGUCAAGAAACAUGCUAUAGUUGUCGAAGAUACCCUUGACGAUGAGAUCACUUAUACAAGUGUCAACGACAUUGCCAACAUAGUCACCAAGGCCAUCGACUUUGAAGGCGAAUGGCCCGUGAUUGGGGGUAUCAGUGGUGAUAGAAUCUCUAUUCGUCAGCUUCUAAAGAUUGGAGAAGAACUACGAGGAGAACCCUUUACUAUCGAGUGGCUCAAGAUGGAAGACCUCGCAGCUGGAGAACUCAAGACUAACAACUAUCCCCGACUUCCACUACCAUCGGUUCCCCAGGAUCAGGUGGAAGCUUUCUCCAAGAUGGUGGUCAUUGGCACUCUGACUGCCUUCCACCGUGGAGCUUGGACCGUCUCGGAUGAAUGGAAUCAGACUUUUCCAGACUACAAGUUUACCAAGGCCCAUGAGCUGCUGAAGUCUGCAUGGGAGGGUAAGAGCUAA